GACAGGAUUCUGGGAAGGUUGUAAUCUGGAAUAUGUCUCCAGUCCUCCAGGAGGAUGACGAGAAGGAUGACAAUGUCCCCAAGAUGCUUUGCCAGAUGGACAAUCACUUAGAGAGAUAAGGCCCGUGCGGCGGUAGCUCCCCUCGGCCUGCUGUCUGAAGGCACAGAUGUUGGCUGCACAGCUGGGUGAGUUAUUCAGCAGAAGACUCGGCCCGCCCACAGAACCACCUUUGGACAGUCUGCAGGUGACGUAGUGUCUCCCCUCCAGAACCUGCUCUGGGUACUGUCCUUGCGGCACAAGCAGGUCCAUGUGUGAACUGCAUUGUCCUGGGGCUGUCGCACAGUGGGUGCCUUGAGCAGACCAGCAUGUGUGAACUGUGUGCGGUGGUCAAACAGUGGGAUGUAUUUAGCUUCUGGGGGAGAUGACAAACUGAUUAUGGUGUGGAAGCGGGCUACGUACAUCGGGCCCAGCACCGUGUUCGGCUCCGGCGGCAAGCUUGCCAGCGUGGAGCAGUGGCGAUGUGUCUCCAUCCUGCGGAGCCACUCAGGCGAUGUGAUGGACGUAGCGUGGUCCCCCCAUGACGCCUGGCUGGCCUCGUGCAGCGUGGACAACACCGUGGUCAUCUGGAACGCCGUGAAGUUCCCAGAAAUCCUGGCUACGCUGAGAGGCCAUUCUGGCCUGGUGAAGGGCCUGACUUGGGACCCUGUUGGUAAAUACAUUGCCUCUCAAGCUGACGACCGCAGCCUGAAGGUGUGGAGGACGCUGGACUGGCAGUUAGAGACCAGCAUCACCAAGCCUUUCGACGAGUGUGGAGGGACGACCCACGUGUUGCGGCUCAGCUGGUCCCCUGAUGGGCACUACCUGGUGUCCGCCCACGCCAUGAACAAUUCCGGCCCCACCGCCCAGAUCAUCGAACGGGAGGGCUGGAAGACCAACAUGGACUUUGUCGGGCACCGGAAAGCUGUGACCGUUGUGAAAUUCAACCCAAAAAUCUUCAAGAAGAAGCAGAAGAACGGGAGCUCUGCGAAGCCCAGCUGCCCUUACUGCUGCUGUGCUGUUGGCAGCAAGGACCGCUCGCUCUCUGUCUGGCUCACGUGUCUGAAGCGGCCUUUGGUUGUCAUCCACGAGCUGUUCGACAAAUCCAUCAUGGACAUUUCCUGGACUCUGGACGGGCUCGGCACCCUGGUGUGCUCCAUGGACGGCUCGGUGGCGUUCCUGGACUUCUCCCAGGAUGAGCUCGGGGACCCGCUGAGCGAGGAGGAGAAGAGCCGCAUCCACCAGUCCACCUACGGCAAGAGCUUGGCCAUCAUGACCGAGGCCCAGCUCUCCACCGCCGUCAUCGAGAACCCUGAGAUGCUCAAGUACCAGCGGAGGCAGCAGCAGCAGCAGCUGGAUCAGAAGGGCUCUGCGGCCAGAGAGACGGGCUCCACCACCUCCGUGGCGGGCGUCGUCAACGGGGAGAGCCUGGAGGACAUCAGGAAGAAUCUUUUAAAGAAACAAGUUGAGACCCGGACGGCGGAUGGUCGGAGGAGAAUCACACCUCUCUGCAUAGCGCAGCUGGACACCGGGGACUUCUCCACGGCCUUCUUCAACAGCAUCCCGCUCUCGGGCUCCCUGGCAGGCACCAUGCUCACGGCUCACAGCAGCCCUCAGCUGCUGCCGUUGGACUCCAGCACCCCUGGCCCCUUCGGCGCCUCGAAGCCUUCCACAGAGCCUGCGGCAGUGGCUGGCACUAGGCCCGUGGGUGAUUCUGCCAGUAAGGACAGCGUGAAUGCGGCCUCUGCCCCUGCUGCACCGUCCCCCUCUGUCCUGACAACCCCGUCCAAGAUUGAACCGAUGAAAGCCUUCGACUCCCGGUUCACAGAGCGCUCCAAAGCCACGCCUGGGGCUCCUGCCGUGGCUGGUGUGACCCCGGCGCCCGUGGACAGGUUGAGGGAACAGAGCCUCGUGAAGGAGCUGCGGCCCCGGGACGCCCUGGACAGCAGCAGCGACAGCGACGAGAAGCUCCCCGCGGCCAAGCCCUCCUCGCUGUCCAAGCGGAAGCUGGAGCUGGAGGGGGAGAUGGUGGAGAAGAAGAAGAAGGGGCGGCCUCGGAAGGACUCGCGCCUCCUGCCCGUGUCCCUGUCUGUGCAGUCCCCAGCCACCCUGACUGCAGAGAAGGACGCCGUGUGUUUGUCUGUCCCCGCACCUGCGCUGAAACUGCCUAUGCCAGGCCCCCAGAGAGCCUUCACCCUCCAGGUGAGCUCCGACCCCUGCAUGUACAUCGAGGUGGAGAACGAGGUGACGGCAGUGGGGGGCCUGAAGCUGAGCCGCCUCAAGUGCAGCCGGGAGGGGAAGGAGUGGGAGACGGUGCUCACCAGCCGGAUCCUCACGGCUGCCGGCAGCUGUGACGUGGUGUGUGUUGCCUGUGAAAAGCGGAUGCUGUCCGUGUUCUCCACCUGUGGUCGCCGCCUCCUGCCUCCCAUCCUGCUGCCAUCCCCGAUCUCCACCCUGCACUGCACCGGCUCCUACGUCAUGGCCCUCACCGCCGCGGCCACGCUGUCCGUCUGGGAUGUGCACAGGCAGCUGGUGGUGGUGAAGGAGGAGUCUCUACACUCCAUCUUGGCAGGAAGCGACAUGACAGUGUCACAGAUCUUGCUGACACAGCACGGAAUCCCCGUGAUGAACCUGUCGGACGGAAAGGCCUACUGCUUCAACCCGUCGCUGUCUGCCUGGAACCUGGUUUCUGACAAGCAGGACUCGCUGGCCCAGUGCGCGGACUUCAGGAGCAGCCUGCCGCCCCAGGAUGCCAUGCUGUGCGCGGGGCCGCUCGCCAUAGUCCAGGGCCGCGCCGCCACCAGCUCGGGGAGGCAGGCGGCCCGGCUCUUCUCCGUGCCUCACGUGGUGCAGCAGGAGACCACCCUGGCCUACCUGGAGAGCCAGGUCGCCGCGGCCCUCACCCUGCGCUCCAGCCACGAGUACCGCCACUGGCUCCUCCUCUACGCGAGGUACCUUGUGAACGAAGGCCCCUCGGCCCACUCCCCUCCUUCCACAGCCCCCACGCUUCCCACUCCCUUGGGGCAUCCGUCCCAGAGCUGCCACAUCGCCUCGUCCCUGGCCCAGCACACAGUUGCCCGGGGUGGGGCGUCCGUCAGAGCCUGUUGCUGUGGCCUCCAAGCCCUAGGCCUUCAGCCCCCAGGAGGCAACAGAGGUUUGAAUACCGACUCCGAGAAAUAUGCAAGGACUUACUGGGGCCGGUUCACUCCUCCACUGGAAGCCAGUGGGAGUCAACAGUCGUGGGUCUGCGGAAGAGGGACCUGCUGAAGGAGCUGCUGCCAGUCAUCGGGCAGAACCUCCGCUUCCAGCGCCUCUUCACCGAGUGCCAGGAACAGCUUGACAUCCUGAGGGACAAGUAGCCUGUCCGGGUGCCCCAGCCGCAGCAAGGGCAGGGCCACACUCUCGCCACUGACCGCGCGCAGGACCAUCCUUACCUCGCUGGGCUACAGGACGAGAAGACACUGGCAGGAGGUGGGCUGUCCUGCACCAGCACCAGCCCAGCCCCCUGGGUAGACUUCCCCUGUGUCCUGGGCCUGUUGCUCCCUCAGAGGGGGCAGCUCCGACCGCAGUUCGUCCCUCCCUCCAGGCUGGGGCUCUGCCCUGCUGCCCUGGGGCCAGUGAGGCAGUCCCAGGCCUGUCGCCUCCAGCAUGGUCCCCAGGUGGACACUAGCCCUGUCACUGUAGGCGCCGUGCUGCUUCAGCUAUGACGAAUGAGCCAUUUGUGAGAGAGAGAAGCUGAGACAUUAGCGUAUUAUGCAGUCAGUAGACUGACCUGAGACCUAUGUAAAAGGAAAGCCUAUUCCAACACACGGACUAUUUUUGUACUAGAAUUUGCUAACUUGUAAUAUGGAAUUUUCCUUUUGGCCAAUAAUCAGGAUUUCCCUAUAAGUCACUUGGACAUUGGUCACUUGUAGGAAAUUUAAACUCUAAUUAUGACAGCUACAUUGAAAGAUAAUUGUACUGAAAUUAACUUGUCUAUCUUCAUUUGGUUUUCAUUUUUAAAUGUUUGUAAAAAGAGACUUUUUGGGGGGAUGGGGCAGAGGGUGGGCGAUUUCUUUUGUAAGUGUAAAAUAAAUGAACACGCAUUGGAUACCAAAUGGUCCUGACGUCCCCCGCCUUUUCCUUCUGACGUCCCCCUCCCUCCCCCGCACUGUGGACCCCUCUCCUGAACGGGCAAUGACGAAGUGUUGGAGCCAGGAGGGGUCUUACGUGUCAUCCGGUCCCUGGCCCCUUCAUGCAGGAAGUCAUUGCACAGCGUGGAGUCACUUUCCUGGUCGUGCAGCAUCUCCAGCUGCACUGGGCUAGCAGGCUGGCCACCAUGCACACGUCUUCUCCCGAGCCCGGCGGAGAGGUCCUUGGUUCUGUCUGUGCUGUGCUCUGGGUGUCUGAUCUUGCCAGGCACCGAGGAAAUCACGUGAGGAAAUCCAUAGAUGCAGACUCACGUUUGCUGAGGAGUUACCUGGAAGCUGGGAUUUUCUUAGAAAGUGGUUCUGAUGCCGACCCACAGGAGAAGAGAUGGCAUCACAGAGGCUUCAAGCCUGGUGAGGGCUAAGUACCUUCCCCCCAGGUCCUGGACCGCGUUGGCACCUCCCUGCCAGGCAGCCAUCCACCGCCUGUGUCACUCAGAAGUCACGUAGCUGGAUGAAACCCAGGCACACGUGCGUGCCCGACAGAGCCAGCACACACAGGGCACCUGGGCAUGGACACCCCGAAAGCCAGGCUCCAGGUGUGAGCUUUUCUCUGAGAAGUGAGGAGCUGGAGAUGCUGUGUCAGCGUUGAGAACUGGAACCACAGGGUGCACGUGGCCUUGGAACUGACACACCUGCCUGGGAUCCACACCAGAAAAAACACGGGCCUCACCUUUCAGCUGCCGAAGGGAGAUGAGAUUAAGAAAACGUGCGUGGUCGUGAGGACCAACUGGGAUCCCAGAGGCAGUCAUGGCACUCGGCACGCAUUCCCUUGAGGAGAACGUUGACAGUCAGUGUCUGUAUACAUUACUGUCUGGACAGGAGAGGAGACAAGAAGCAGAAAGACUGGUUGGAAACGUCUGCUUCCAGCCAAGAUGGAUUGACAGGGACCAGAUUGACACUUCUGCCUGAAACAACCAAAGGAACCUGUCAAAAUACAUGAAACAAUGGUCUCAAGACACUGGAUAUCAGAAAACAAGGGACAGUGGUCCCUGCGAGAUGGAAAACAAACAAGAUGAGCCCUGUGACUGUCCCAGCUUACUACCUAGAGAGAGUUUCCAGGCUGCAGCAAAGGAAGGGGAAGCCGAGGGAGAGCCCAGCAGGAUACUCAAGCUGAAGACAUGAAGCCGAGGGCCCAGGAAGGCCAGGGCAGCUUUGAGGACAGAAUCCGGAGAGGAGGACGCUCCUUGGCGGGAGGGCCCUUGCCUGCUUGGCUGCAUGCUGCCUGGUGCGUGUGCAGCAAGGAAAUGGCCCAGGUUGGCAGAAGCCAUCUGAAAGGGUCAGGGUAAAAUUAGUCCAGUUGUCACCUGGGGCUGGGAAUAGUGCCCAUUCCUACCAGCUGGACUAGAAAAACAUGUAACUCACAGGCUUGGGGUAGCAGAGCACUCCGGAAGUCUUGCCUCCAUUUUGGAGACUACUCAGAGCACUGUCCCAGGUCCGUCCCACAGAAAACAGACCAAGACCCAAAGGGAUCCAGCUGUUUCCAAGCAAUUAAUUCCAUUGCAAAGCUCAAGAGGAUUUAUAAGAACACAGAGCGCCCGGCAUCCCACAAGAUGAAGUUCCACACACACGUCACCGGGCAUACAAAGAAUCAGGAACACGAGGCAGAACGAGGGGACUAAGCAGUCUUACUGAGCAGGCAGGACCGGCCCAGAAGUUACACAGAUGUUAGCGUUGGCAGAGAAGGAUGUCAAAACGGUCACUAUAACACGAUUCCUCACAUUCAGAACGUUAAGUGGAGACAUAGAAGACCCUAACAAGGAAGUCACUAUCAGACUUCUAGAGGUGAAAAGCUGUAACACGGAGGUGAAAAAUGCAUGGAAUAGGAUUAAUGACAGACCGGACAUUGCAGAAGAAAAAAUUAGUGAACUUGAAGGCAGAGCAAUAAAAAUGCUCCAAAACAGAGAACAUCCAAAGGAGGAAAGAAAAGAGCAUCAGUUAGCCAUGGGACAAUAUCAAAUAGCCUAACGCACAAGUAAUUGACAUCCUCAACGAAACGGAGAGAGAAGGAGGUGACGGGGAGAAAUAUUUGAAUAAAAAAUGGCUGAAAGUUUGCCCCACCCCUUCCCGCUGUCCCUUGUGCCCUUGCAGGCGACCUCUGUGCCACUGCACCCUCAUCCCUACCCCUGCUGUCAUGCCUGCUCACCUCCCUACCCCUGUCCACAGACGCGCCACACCUUCCCACGACCUCUGCCUGCCGGCCUUGUUUGCAAGCAGAGCGCUGGGGCAGGGGGCUGUAUCUUCCUGGGCUGGAGCUCACUGCCUCUCCAGGUUCUGGCCUGAUCACCUUAGGCACCUCCCAGCUUCGGCCUCCAGAUCACAUGUGAGAAGAGUCAGAGCCCUUUACACAUUAGGUUGGUGCUGUGGGAGGUUGCAUAUACCUGCAGCAGCUACAGUGAGGAGAAAAGGCAAAACCCGUUGUCUCUUUCCAUAUUAAAUCUAUUAUUCCUGUUCUCCCACAUACAUGGCAAGUAUUUUCUCAGUUGUGCUU